AUGAAACAAGAUUCCAUCUUACCGACUCAUGGACCCAGUCCUACUAGUCCUCCGGCCCGCCGUCCCGCUGGACGCGCUCUCUUGGUAGUCCUAUUUACCAGCAUCCUAGUACUGUCCUUUUUCAAGGGCGAAACAAUCUUGUCAGCAAUCACUGAGAACGUAAAAGGCUGCGGGCGUGAAACUCACGGGGCACAAAAUGUCGCUACGCUCCGUGCCCGGGACGUUAGCCUCCUGCAAGAAGACACUGCCGUCUCUACAGAUGGACGGUCCGGAUACAACCGCAGGGAUGAGGACACUGCCAUCACAACGGACGGGCGCUCUGGCUACAACCGUCGGGACGACACUGCUAUUACCACGGACGGUCGUUCUGGAUACAACCGUCGUGGUGAAGACGCAGUUGUCGGUACCGACGGACGUUCCGGAUAUAAUCGACGCGGCAAUCGCAAGGAGACCUCUGAUAUUACCACCAAUGGUCGUUCUGGAUACAACCGCCGCGAACAAGACACAGCUAUUACUACCGACGGACGAUCUGGCUACAACAAGCGUGAAGAAGCGUCUGGCAUUACCACUGAUGGCCGUUCUGGGUAUAACCGUCGUGAUCAAGAUGCUGUUGUCACCACUGACGGACGGUCCGGAUAUAACCGACGUGAGGAGGAGCUGGACUCCUCUACUGAUGGGCGCUCCGGAUAUAACAAGCGUGAGGAAACCUCUACUGUCACGACCGAUGGACGCUCGGGGUACAACCGUCGUCAAGAAAACUCUGCCGUCACAACUGAUGGUCGAUCUGGCUACAACCGUCGAGGAGAUGAUGCUGAGAGCACAACCGAUGGACGAUCUGGGUACAAUAAGCGCAAGGAAGCCUCUGCCAUCGGUACUGAUGGACGGUCCGGAUACAAUCGCCGGGAGAAUGACGCAUCGAGCACGACGGACGGACGUUCUGGCUACAACCGCCGUCAAGAAGACCCUGUCGCGACCACAGAUGGUCGAUCCGGUUACAACCGUCGCGAGGAAACAGACGGUCGCUCGGGGUACAAUAGCGUGGAAGAUGGGCGCUCCGGGUACAAUCGUCGUGAGGAGACCUCAGAUGUCUCCACUGAUGGGCGAUCCGGCUACAACAAGCGGGAGGAGGAGGACGGCCGCUCCGGGUACAACAGGCGCGAGGAAGCCUCUGCCAUCACCACCGAUGGACGUUCUGGCUACAACCGCGCAGUUUGA